GUUGAGGCGCUGAGGGAAGCUGUAGUGGGAGUGUUCGAGGAUUCGCUUUGUACAUUUAAAGUUGAAGUUUGCUGCUAAAGAUGGCAGAUCCAGAUGUCCUCACCGAGGUUCCUGCAGCAUUGAAGCGGUUAGCCAAGUAUGUGAUCCGGGGGUUUUAUGGCAUUGAGCAUGCUUUGGCCUUGGACAUCUUGAUCCGAAACCCCUGUGUGAAAGAGGAGGACAUGCUGGAGCUGCUCAAGUUUGAUCGGAAGCAACUUCGAUCAGUCUUGAAUAAUUUAAAGGGAGACAAAUUCAUCAAGUGCAGAAUGAGGGUAGAGACUGCUGCAGAUGGGAAAACCACUCGCCACAACUACUACUUUAUCAAUUAUCGUACUCUUGUUAAUGUGGUAAAAUAUAAAUUGGACCACAUGAGAAGGAGGAUUGAAACUGAUGAGAGAGAUUCCACCAACCGGGCUUCCUUCAAAUGUCCCGUCUGUAGUAGUACUUUUACAGAUUUAGAAGCUAAUCAGCUCUUUCAUCCCAUGACAGGAACUUUCCGCUGUACUUUUUGCCAUACAGAGGUAGAAGAAGAUGAAUCAGCAAUGCCCAAAAAAGAUGCACGCACACUUUUGGCAAGGUUUAAUGAACAAAUUGAGCCCAUUUAUGCUUUGCUUCGAGAGACAGAGGAUGUGAACUUGGCCUAUGAAAUACUUGAGCCAGAACCCACAGAAAUACCAGCCCUGAAACAGAGCAAGGACCGUGCAGCAACUGCUGCUGCAGCUGCUGGCCUGGCAGGUGGGCACCACCGGGAAGCAUGGGCCACCAAGGGUCCCUCUUAUGAGGACUUAUACACUCAGAAUGUUGUCAUUAACAUGGAUGACCAAGAAGAUCUUCAUCGAGCCUCACUGGAGGGGAAAUCUGCCAAAGAGAGACCUAUUUGGUUAAGAGAGAGCACUGUUCAAGGAGCAUAUAGUUCUGAAGAGAUGAAGGAAGGUGGCUUAGAUAUAGACUCGUUUCAGGAGCGUGAGGAAGGCCGUGCAGGGCCAGAUGAUAAUGAGGAGGUCAUGCGAGCACUGCUCAUUCAUGAGAAGAAGACCCCCUCUGCCACAGCAGGCUCAGUGGGAGCGGCUGCUCCUGUGACCACUGCCAAUGGCAGUGACUCUGAGAGUGAGACCAGUGAGUCAGACGAUGACUCUCCACCCUGUGCUACAGCUGUGGCUGCACAUCAUGGGGAAGAGGAUGAGGAAGAUGAUGAAUUUGAGGAAGUAGCAGAUGACCCCAUUGUCAUGGUGGCUGGCCGUCCGUUCUCCUACAGCGAAGUGAGCCAGAAGCCAGAGCUGGUGGCCCAAAUGACACCAGAUGAAAAGGAAGCGUACAUAGCAAUGGGACAACGCAUGUUUGAGGACCUCUUUGAGUGAGCUUUCCCUACCUUUUCCUCCUUUCUCUAAUGUGCAUUUCAAAAAGAAAUUCCCUACCUUUGAAGAAAAGUGUUCAGUGGCCUUCUGCCUCUCUUGAUGUAAAUCAACUGUUAAUCUUGUGCAAAGAGUAAUGGGAGAGAGAGAAAGUUUGAUUUUUAUGCCAGAAACUUCUCCACGAGGUAGGUUGGCUAUAAGCAUACCCUUUCCUAUUACUACAGUAUUAAUAUUUUGCUGUAUUUCCUUAUCUCACCUUUUUUCUUUCCCUUUCAAGACACAUUUUUCUCCCUUCUGAAAUGAGUGAGAGAAGUCUAAAGGUAAAUUCUUCAUGUCUGCCUGUAGAAGCCCCACUUUGAUACGUUACAGUAAUUCAUUGAUCACAUCCUUUUUAUUUAUACUGACCAAGCAUUCCAAACAGCUCCUGAUAUUGCUGCCAACCAAGCAGCUUGGCAACAGGCAAAUCAUUGAUGAAAUAAAAAAUCUUAAAGCUUCAUAUUGCUUCACAGUUCAGGAUGGAGUCAAUAUGUAAGGGGAGGUGGGAGUGUGUGUGGAAGAAGGAUGGUUAUGCGUAAAUCUCAUGAUUAAUAUCUAAACCAAGAUUGGUGUCUUUAGAACUGACUUGACUGACAGAUAUUAUUGUUGUACGUAACACCUUUUGGUUUGUAUGUUAGAUAAUAGAAAACAGAAAAUGUGUUUGGUAAGCCCUUAGGAAGAAGUUAGAGAAAAAACACGGACUUAGGAUAAGGAGUCCAUGUAAGGGGUUGAAGAGUGGAGAGCAUUGGGAACAGUACCUUUUAACAUUGUCUGAGUUUGUGCUGAUUUGGAAAUCCUUUAUAUAAAGCUGAGAUUGGUCCCCUUCUUUUUCAGUUCUCCCACAGUGCUAUAAAUUGUUUAAAGAGGCCAUUCCAGCAGAAAUCAGCAUGUAACAAUUGAUUACUCCUCUCUCUUUUUUUUUUCUCUCAACAUUAUUGAUGGCCUUGUCUCUUGAUUCUUGUCAGGCAUGGUAUUUUAGAGUGCAUCCAGUAUAUCAUUGAGCAUUGUAACCUCAAGGAAAAUACUUUAUUUUUGGUUCUGAUAUGUAGUAUGGUAUUAUUCCUUAAGGCAUAACUUUAAAGAACUUUCAUACAAAGGUCUACAACAAUUGUAUUUUUUAUAAUAUUUUCGCUUGCAUCGUCAUUUUAAGUAUUUAUCAUUUUAUAAUACAUGUGUAAAGUUGAGAUAGAUUUUAAACAUCUGAGCCUUGUAUAAAGUAAUGGUUCAUUUACCUGGGUUGUAUUAUGACUGAAUAUUGACAAUAAAUCUAUUUUAUACUGA